UUUCAUCGAACAGGGCGCUUCUAAGCUGCGCAGCAUAGAAGGAAAUGGGUCACUAACCAGAUAGUGCAACACAAGCACGGUUUUCCUGCAAAAAAGAAGAAUCUGGAGUUGUCAAGUGUUUUCAGUUGUAUUUCGCAUCGUUUGAGAGCCUAAUGCGUGUAAUCGGUUGGCCGGCUCGGAUGCGGUUUUCUAGUUGUGCAGGCCCGGGUUGAUGUGAAAGUGAUCGCUUUUUUCACAAGACACGACUGUAAACAUAACAAACAGGUAGGUUCGGGGGCGUUUCAAGCAAGACAAUAAGCUACUCAACAGAAUGAAGAGGGGUCUCAAACAGGACGGGGACAGCGGCUCCACCAGCGGGGGGCCUGCGGAGCCCUACAAGAGGGGCCGGCCGGAGGAGGAAGAGGAGGAGGAGGAGGCCGAGGACAUGGGCUCGAACUGGGGCUGCCUGCCGCAGGAGAUCCUGCUGCACAUCUUCCAGUACCUUCCGCUGCUGGACCGCGCGUUCGCGUCCCAGGUGUGCCGCGGCUGGAACCACGCCUUCCACAUGCCCGAGCUGUGGCGCUGCUUCGAGUUCGAGCUCAACCAGCCCGCCAGCUCCUACCUGAAGGCCACCCACCCCGACCUCAUCAAGCAGAUCAUCAAGCGCCACUCCAACCACCUGCAGUACGUCAGCUUUAAGGUGGACAGCAGUACUGAAUCAGCAGAGGCUGCCUGUGACAUUCUGUCCCAGCUGGUGAACUGCUCCCUCAAGACCCUGGGGCUCAUCUCCACUGCAAGGCCCAGCUUCAUGGAGUUACCAAAGUCCCAUUUCAUCUCGGCGCUCACCGUGGUGUUCGUGAACUCCAAGUCGCUCUCGUCCCUGAAGAUCGACGACACCCCGGUGGACGACCCCUCCCUGAAGGUCCUGGUGGCCAACAACAGCGACACCCUGAAGCUGCUGAAGAUGAGCAGCUGCCCCCACGUCUCCCCCGCAGGUAUCCUGUGCGUGGCGGACCAGUGCCACGGCCUGAGGGAGCUGGCGCUGAACUACCACCUGCUGAGCGACGAGCUGCUGCUGGCGCUGUCCUCGGAGAAGCACGUGCACCUGGAGCACCUGCGCAUCGACGUGGUGAGCGAGAACCCGGGCCAGACGCACUUCCACGCCAUCAAGAAGAGCAGCUGGGACGCCAUGGUGCGCCACUCGCCCAAGUUCAACCUGGUCAUGUACUUCUUCCUGUACGAGGACGAGUUCGGGCCCUUCUUCCGCUACGAGGUGCCCGUCACGCACCUGUACUUCGGCCGCUCGGUGAGCAAGGACGUGCUGGGCCGCGUGGGCAUGACGUGCCCGCGCCUGGUGGAGCUGGUGGUGUGCGCCAACGGGCUGCGGCCGCUGGACGAGGAGCUGAUCCGCAUCGCCGAGCGCUGCCAGCAGCUGUCCGCCAUCGGGCUGGGCGAGUGCGAGGUGUCGUGCAGCGCGUUCGUGGAGUUCGUGCGCAUGUGCGGCCGCCGCCUGUCGCAGCUGUCCAUCAUGGAGGAGGUGCUGAUCCCCGACCACGCCUACGGCCUGGACGACAUCCACUGGGAGGUGUCCAAGCACCUGGGCCGCGUCUGGUUCCCCGACAUGAUGCCCACCUGGUAAAGCGGCACCCACCGCGCGCCCCACACACCCGUACGACUCCCGUAACUGUCCCCCCCCCCCCCCC